CUCUCUUUGAAAUCUCCACCUUUUUCCUCCUAAAAUUUUCUUCUUCCCAUGGCUUCCUCCACGGUUCCGAUCGGUGUUGCUGUCUCUGCCCCUUCUUCUUUUCUUUCUGAUCGGAGAACAUCCGUUAGAUUUUCGGAAUUUCGUGGUCUCAAGAUUAAACCCAGGUUGGCGUCGCUGGCUCAGUCGACCAGAUCGGCGAUUCAGGACCGGCGUCGAGUCGGACGUGUUGUUUGUGAGGCUCAGAACACCGCUGUUGAUGUGCCAGCAAUUAAGGAUGAAACAUGGCAGUCACUAGUUCUUGAUUGUGAAUUGCCUGUUCUGGUUGAAUUUUGGGCUCCGUGGUGCGGACCUUGCCGUAUGAUCCACCCCAUAAUCGACGAGCUGUCGAAGCAAUAUGCUGGGAAGCUCAAAUGUUACAAAGUUAACACCGACGAGAGUCCUACCAUCGCAACACGAUAUGGAAUCCGAAGCAUUCCGACUGUUAUGAUCUUCGAGAGUGGGGAGAAGAAAGAUGCAGUGAUUGGUGCCGUUCCGAAGUCGACAUUGACAACUUGCAUCGAGAGAUUCUUGUAGGGUUGGUAAGAAAAAUCUGUGUCAUAUUUUUUCCCCUAGAGUUAAGCUCUUUCAAGCAAAUCAGUAUAACUUGCAGUGGCUCAUGUUAUGAUACUGUAUCUGAAAUAAACUCGUCUGCGCCCCUGUAUAGUUCUGCUGAAGAUGCUGUAUUUUGCCUGUCUUAGUUAAUGCUAAUCAGUUGUAUGCUGCUUGUACCUGACAAUUCAUAUACAGGUAUCAUGUUCAUAUAUUUUAUAAUAGUAUAAUUGUGUUUUAA